AUAAGGCUCACAUUGGAUAGUUGCAGCAUUUCAAUUAACUGUUCCUUAAGGUACUUUUUUCUUUUGCGUAUGGUGAGACUUCAAAGCAGUAUGAAGAUUUUAGCAAUUUUUGUAACAACUGUACUUCACUACUCUGUGAUUUUAGGAUUUAAUGGAAAGGAACUAUCUUCUGAUAAUUAUACAAUCUCAGGUGGACCGGCACAUCCCUGUUUCAGAGAAUGCAAAGAAAAUGAAGAUCCUAUGAUAUGUCACUACAAUUUUACUGUUGGCUUAUUCACAACAAUGAGCAUACAAUGUGGAGACUGCCCAGUUGUUGAAGAAGACUGCAGCAAGCCUGGAUGUAUUACAGCUGGUGGUGCAGUGCGUUCUGUAUCAGUUGUUAACCAGCGCAUACCAGGGCCUGCAAUAUUGGUAUGCCAUAAUGACAUUGUUGUAGUCAAUGUCCUGAAUUCUUUUGAUAAUGAGGGUUCUGUGAUACAUUGGCAUGGUCUACGGCAACGUGGAAGACAAUACAUGGAUGGUGUUCCUUACAUCACACAAUGUCCUAUUCAGCCAUAUAACGAAUUUCAAUACAGUUUUAAGGCUGAUGUUGCAGGAACUCAUCUUUGGCAUGCACACAUAGGUUUUGAAGAGGCUGAUGGACUCUUUGGAGCUAUGGUUAUUCGCCAACCUCCAUCCAAAGAACUCAAUAAUUACACCUAUGACUAUGACCUACCAGAACACACAAUUGUUGUUUGGCAUUGGUUCAGUCAACCAACAAGGGAUGUGGUUAAAACAGCACUGAACAGAAAUGAAAGUGUUUUUGGAAAUGGCUAUAUUAUAAAUGGAAAAGGAAAUUUCCUUGAUAAUGAAACCUUCAGAAUGCCAAGAGAGGUGUUUAAUGUUUCACAGGGUUACAGGUACCGCUUCCGGCUUAUGUUCAAUGCAGCUCUCUACUGCCCAGUUGAAGUAUCAGUUGACAAUCAUACACUAUUGGUCAUUGGCAGUGAAAGCUCAUAUUUUGAACCUAUUGGAGUGGACUCUUUUAUAAUAAAUGGUGGUGAGCGUUAUGAUUUUGUGAUUGAGGCUAAUCAGGCACCAGGAAACUACUGGAUGAGAUUCCGUGGAAUGGGAGAUUGCCAUAAAACUGAAGAAUCUUCUGGCAAGAUGGUUGAAGCUCAUGCAGAGGCUGUACUACAUUAUGACGAUGCAGCUGUGACCACAACACUACCUGAUGGAAUUCCUACUUACGAAGAAGGCUAUGCCUCUGGAGUGCUUUUCAACCCAGUUCAGGAAACUGAGCCUGAUUACAAAGCAAACAGAACUAUUAUUAGAGUUUCUGAUCUUACAAACAUUGAUACUGAUUCUGCAAUGAAUGUUAGUGGAGAUCCAGAUAAAACAGUAUACCUGGGCUUUGACUUCAAAUCUUAUGAUUCAUUGGAGAUACCAGGUCCAUAUCCUCAAGUAAACAACGUUACAUUCAAAUAUCCAUCAGUGCCUUUGCUGACCCAGAGAAACUUGAUAUCUUCUGAAAUGUUCUGCCCAAAUAUACAAGCUGAGAGUACUGAUUGUGAUGAUGAAUUCUGCAACUGCCCAUAUGUUAUCGAAUUUGAUUUGGGUGACCUUGUGGAAAUAGUGCUUGUAGACACAAGCAUCAUCAGAGAUCAAGACCAUCCAUUUCACAUGCAUGGUUAUCAUUUCCACGUGGUUGCUAUGGAACCUCUAGAAGAAGAAGAAGGUCCUGUGACAGUUGGGCGAGUAAAAGAAAUGAAUGAAAAUGGGGCAAUACACAAGAAUCUUGAAACAGCACCUCUUAAAGAUACUAUUUCUGUUCCAAUGAGAGGUUAUACGGUCAUUAGAUUCAUAGCAGACAAUCCAGGAUACUGGUUCUUUCACUGUCAUAUAUCAAAUCAUGCAGAACUUGGUAUGGGUGUAGUACUGAAAGUUGGUGGGCAUGAUGAGAUGGUAUCAAUUCCAUCAGAUUUUCCUCAGUGUGGAAACUGGAAGUGGACUUACCAUGAAGAAGCUGCUGGAUCAAGAUCCUAUGGAAGUUUACUGGCAUUGUUGCUUUGUUUGUCUCUCCUAGAAGUAUAUUACAUAGGCAUGGCAUGACAUUUUCUGUAGUUACUUUAUUUCAUUCUCAAAAAAACUACCAUUACAUGCAACUCUAUCAUUUCAGAAAUUAUUAUAUACAAUAAAUAAAAAAAAUAUUGAA